AUGAUAUAAAAUGUAUUUUUUUAAAUUUAAAUAUUUAAUGAAUGAUUAAAUUAAAAAAAGAAGAAAACUAUAUAAAUUAAAUUUUAGUAAAUAAUGUAUAAAUAUUUUAUAAUUUAUAUUAUGAUUCUAUUGGAUGAAAUAUGUUACACUUUACACUUAAAAUUUACUACAAUUUUUUAUAGGCAUAUAUAGUUUUUACUUAUAAGUGUUUUAAAACAAUUAAAACCAUCAUGAAGCUAUAAAGGGCGCAGGCGUACAAAACAUUGGUAUAAGGCUACAUGCAGGGGUGGCGCUACAUGUGGGCCAGGGUGGUCAAGUGCUUUCCAACAUUUGAUUUUGUCCCUGUUUAUCAUGUAGAAUGAAUAGGUAUUUUAAGCAUACUAGUAAAAGUUAAAUAUUACCUACUGGCUACUUUAGUAUAGAUGAUUAUAGGUACAUCAUGUGGAAUUCAGAAGGAAAAACACUAAAUGAAAAUAAUAGUGGACACUGUAAAACAAUAUUCAAACAAACUUUUAAAUUUACCAAAGAUAUACCAGAACAAAAAAUUUCACCUGAAGGAUUUUUAAUACGAGACUGUGGUUGCGUCAUGCGAUUUUUACCUAAUUUAGAUAAUAAAUUAAAUAAGAAUAAGUUACAGCUCACAACCAUUAACAAGAACCAAAAUCAUCAGAAAAACAUCAGUUAUAUACACCAUCGUAAUAAUUUAAAUCAAACAAAAGUUAUUUCAACAGAAAUGUAUCGAUCGACAUUUUGGAUGGAACCAAGAAUAGUCCCUAUUAAGUAUACAACUGAACUAAAUUUCAACUUGGAAUCUCCUAUAAAAAGAUUUACAGAAACAAUUGAUUUACAGAUGAAAUUAGUUCCUUGUCCAUAUAUUCAGCAAAUCGGGACUACAAAGCAUUUUAAAACAUCAAUCGAGACAAAAAUACAAUCAGAGUAUACAUUACCAUUAAAUAUUACUAUUUAACUUAAUUGCAUAUUUAGUCUUAUAUUGAUUAUUAAUAAUAAACAUACUAGUACAGCUAUUUAUAAAUAAUUCAUAAAUUAAAGGAUAUACAUUCUUUUUACAUAAAAUAAACUAACACAAUAUGGUAUAUAUAUAUAUAUUAUUAACAACAUUUUAUAUUAAAAAUUUAAUACAAUAAUUAUA